UCACCAAACGCCAACACUACUCUUAAAAAAUGGUGAGACGGAGCGGAGUGCUGCUGAAGAGCGCCGCCGCCGGAAUAAGCUCCAGACUGGCGGAGAUUCUCGUCUGCCCUCUCACCAAGCAGCCCCUAAGGAUGUGCGAGAAAACCAACUCACUCAUAAGCGAUUCAAUCGGCGUGUCUUACCCGAUCGUCGAUGGGAUUCCUCGCCUCGUUCCCUCCGACGGAAUAAUACUGCAGUCCGAUCAAGAUCUCAACUCCUCCGAUCCACCGCAGACUAAUUCGAGCUAAGCACUCCUUCGAUUAUCGAUCUAUUCAUACAUACGCUGUGAAAGGGGAAUAGAAUGAUAGUAAUUGCUUAAGUAUGUUGAUUCAUAGCAGUUUCUCUCUUUACAUUGCAAAUGUUUGCAUCGCCGCUUCUGUUUCAACAAUUCGUGAUGAGGAACGUUCACCCUAAAAAUUGGGGAUUUUUAUGAUUUAUUUCUUCAA